AUGCAAAGAAGAUAUUCCCUACUGUCCGCAAGAUUACGUCUUGGUUUUAUACCAUUGUAUCCGAAGCAUGGCACUACCUGUGGUGGCACCGAAAUACAAACUUACAAUAAAACUCAUUAUGAAGAUUUGGGUCAGUUCGCAUCGUCGCAUGUAUUCGAUGAAUUGAAACGCAUUUUUGAAUACACAUUUUUCACCACUUACCUUUUAACUUCAAUGCAAAGGAAUAAGAGAAUUCAUUUUCACAUAGAUGAUUUAUAA